ACCGAGGGGGCCCCUAAAUUGGUAGCGCUUGUACCGUCUCUGGUUGCCACCGUGAGCUUAACUGCGUCUGGGCAACGUCUCCCAAGAUCGAGAGGGCCUAAGGAAUGUCCCGAAGGUCGAGAGUCGAGAGGCGAAGGCCGCGCCUUAUUACGCUAUGAGGGUAAGAGCCUACCUCGAGCCGGCCGGCCUAAAUCAUAUACGGAUCGCGACGUUCGAAACCUUAUACGAUAUGUGCGAUUACACCCAAAAGACACGUACGCAGAGGUCCGUAAAGCCCUUAGGUUCAAUUUCUCGACUACUACCCUUAAGGUGAUGCUUAAGCCUUCUAGAAUCGUUAAUUGGCGCUGUAAAAAGCGGCCCUACCUGUUACUAGAAGUAGUAGAGAAGAGGCUUGAGUAGUGCCUUGCGCGGAAGGAUUGGACAAAGGAUGACUUCCGAAAUAUCAUGUAGAGUAAUGAGUGUUCUGUAGAGCGGGGUAAAGGCCGAGCUCAAGAGUGGGCCUUUUGUACAGUCGCUCAAAGGCUGCGCAAAGAGACCGUUUCUACCUAUAAAAAGGGCAAGGAUAUAUCAGUUAUGGUCUAGGGCUGCUUUUAGUGGGCUAAUGGUGAAAUCCGGAAAUCAGACCUAGUGAUUAUAGACAGGGACUUUGAGUCAAAGAAGAUAGGGUACUCGGCGCGCUCUUACCUUACGGUUAUCGAGGAUCAGAUGCCUAGGUGCUAGGAACCAGG